AAUAAGCAAUAAAUUUAAAAACUAAUUUACGAACAAGUUUUCGAACAAUGAUGAUUAAACUGUGUUGUUUUAUUUGCUUGUGGCUGAAAAUUUUUUGUGAAGAGCUCACUUUGAAAGCAGUUUUUUCCGAAUCUGAAGAUGCUAUUUUAAGUAGAAACAUAACUAAAAAUGACGAUAUUCUUAGAAAAUAUUUUCUUACAGACAAUAGAACAAAAUCUGUUUGGGCAAUUGCACAAGUAACAGCAAAACAGGUGUUCAAAGUUGAUUACUUAAUUGACGAUUUGGCUGUAAUGGAACAAGAUAUCCGUAAAAUUGGUAGAUUGUAUUUAAAAUGUAAAGAAUACAAAAACGAGAAGGCUCUAUCUGAUUGUUUUUCUACAGUUGCAGAUGCAAUGAAUGAUGCAACACGUGAUUUUAGGUGGAGCAUUGAUCCUACAAUAUCUAAAAUAAGUCGCAUAAAAUAUGGAACCAUGUUUCUUACGUUAGCAGUAUUUGAUGCACACAUUUCACUUGUUGCAAUUAAAUCUCCGUUUGAGAAAAAAUAUGAAUUAAAAAAACAAUUAAGUUUUCUUUUUGAAAGAUUUUAUUCAAUAAUGUAUGAUUUUGAAAAAGCCUUAAACGUAUGGAGAUUGAACCAAAUUAGUCCCGUUAAGAUUUGCGAAGUUCAUAUAAUUAUGUGGAAAGAAUUUGAAGGUACGUGUGAAACAAGAUGGCGUAGAGCUAUUGAUGAAAUAGGAAACGAAACUGUGGAUGGAAUAAAUUCAGCUUAUGACGUUGAAAGUUUGAUAGAUGAAAAAGUUGAGAAAAUUGGGAGCAACCUCUUACAAAAGAAAAAAUACCAAGCGUCUGUUUAUGACUUUGUUAACGACCAUCAAGUGUUUCUAGAAGAUAUUAUACUUGAUCCAGGAAGUAGAGGUAUUGGAAUUCACAACCUUUUUCAAAAAGCAAAAGAUAUCCGAUGGAAGUACAUUGAUAGCAUUAAAAACAACAUAUCAAGGUUCAAUGAAGGCAUUGUUCGCGCAGUUCGGAGUAUGCUCAAUUCAAUCAUUUUUACCUUAAAAGAAAAAACAUAAAAAAAAAUUACUUUAAUAAUUGUUGAAGUGUGUAAAUUAUAUGAGAAUAUAUAAGAUAAAUACAUCUGCA